AUGCCACCUCCAAGAGCGCUGAGGCAGCUUCAAACGGCUGUCUCGCAAGCCGGCAGAAACAUUCCACGACGCUCGCUACGAGAACUGAGCACUCUUCUGACAAGACCGACCUCGUCACCACCAUCGCCAGCGUCAGGACCCGCACCAGCUUCACAACAUCUCAAUGUGCCCAGCGGAGCAAGAAGCCCACUAUCAAACGUGUCCAGACACUGCGUAACAAGCCGCCCAGCGGCGCGGUUUGCGUCCAGUAGUUCCUCGACGCCACUCAAACACACUCCUCUGUACACCCUCCACGAAUCCCUUGGGGCCAAGAUGGUACCCUACGCCAACUUCGCCAUGCCCGUCGAAUAUCCCGACCAGUCGCACCGGGACUCGCACCUGUGGACGCGCUCGCACGCCUCGCUCUUUGACGUGAGCCACAUGGUCCAGCACAAGCUCUCCGGCGAGCUCGCCGAGGAAUUCCUCAUGACCAUCACGCCCACGGCGAUCAACGAGAUCAAAAAGCACCACUCGUCCCUCUCGGUCCUGCUCAACAAGUCCGGCGGCAUCGUGGACGACACCGUCAUCACCCGCAUCGGCAAGGACAGUUUCUACUUCGUCACCAACGCCGGAUGCCGCGACACCGACCUCCCCUUCAUCCAGGCCGAGAUGGACGCCUUUCUCAAGUCAAAAUCUGCCGUCUCGCCGUCCAACAAUGCCUCGGACAAAAUCACCUGGCACAUCCUCGACCACCAUGCGCUCUUGGCCCUUCAGGGGCCCGAGGCCGUCUCGGUUCUGCAGGCCCUGGUCUUCAACGACCCCGAGGACGAGACUCUCGACACCUCCCUGGACACGCUGUACUUUGGCACGAGCCGCUGGCUUCAGCUCACUCUUCCCGAGUCAGGCAUGAAUACCCCGUCCCUCCUGAUCAGCCGCACCGGAUACACCGGCGAAGACGGCUUCGAAAUCUCCAUCCCACCCGAGUCCGGCGACGCGACCGAGCUCGCAACGUCCAUCGCCAAAGCCCUGACCGCAGACAGCAGCAAGGUGCGCUGGGCGGGGCUGGGCGCGCGUGACUCCCUUCGUCUCGAGGCUGGCAUGUGCCUGUACGGCCACGACCUGAACGACAGAAUCACGCCGCCGGAAGCAGCAUUAGGUUGGGUCGUUGGGAAAUCGCGGCGCGCCGAGUCGCCCACUCCCCCUUUCAACGGUCAUGAGGUCAUCAACAAGCAGCUGGCGAGCCCAAAGACAAUGGCUGAGCGCCGCGUGGGAUUCACCCUCGAAAAAGGCCCCGCUGCACGUGAAGGCGCCGAGGUUGUAGACCUGGAGAACGGCAAUGCAGUCAUCGGGCACAUUACGUCUGGGUGCCCCAGCCCCAGCUUGGACGGACAGAACAUCGCCAUGGGCUACAUCAAGAACGGCUUCCACAAGAAGGGCACGAAAGUGGGCAUCAAGAUUCGCAAGAACGUCAAGAAAGCCGAAGUUGCAAAGAUGCCGUUUGUCGAGAACAAAUUCUACAGGCCGUCGUAG